CUGAUAGGCCAGAUCAGCAUUGUCGAUGUAACGAUACUUCUGGGCCGGAGCCGCUUAAAGGAACGAGAACGCAAACGGAACUUGAAGCAAUCAUCGUCACAUAAUACCCAGGACGGGAGCGGCAACACGCCUCCGACAAUUGAUGCACAGUUCUAAACAUAUCUUCGAAUCAGGGACCUUGGGAGGGGUUAAAAGAAGCAAAGGCUGGGAUCCUUCGGCGCUAAACUCUUCCUUUCAUUUCCUCCUACUUCUAACCCUCAUUUAUUUCCACAGCCAUGAUUUGGCCCUCACUGUUGGCACUUACCUCUCUCCCUUUCAUAUAUGCAGCAGAGCAGGACGAUGGUUGCGAAGAAAAGGUUGCUUCGACAUGGUUUGCUGGAUGGCAUGCCAAUGAUGGCUUCAAUGUUAGCGAUGUGCCAUGGUCUAAAUAUACCGAAGUGACCUUCGCCUUUGCCGAAACGACACCGGAUGUCAAUACACUCUCUUUCAAUACUUCUGGAAUAGACUCAGAAGACGUGCUUGUUCAACUUGUAGCCGCAGCGCACGAGAACGACGUUGACGCAAAAGUCUCGGUCGGAGGUUGGACAGGGUCUCUGUAUUGGUCUGACAAUGUCGGUUCAGCGGAGAAUCGCACGGCAUGGGUAAAAACCCUCACCAACCUUGUGUCUAAAUAUGACCUUGACGGACUUGACUUUGAUUGGGAAUACCCUGGAAAACAAGGUAUCGGCUGUAAUGCUGUCAGCACCAACGACACAGACAAUUUUCUCGCAUUCCUUAAGGAAUUACGAGAAAACCCCAUUGGCGCUAACAUCACACUCUCAGCGGCGACUUCAAUCGCCCCAUUCACCGGUUCCAACGGAACAGCUCUAACGAAUGUCUCCGAGUUCGCCGAAUACCUGGACUUCGUUGCCAUCAUGAAUUACGACAUCUGGGGAUCUUGGAGUGCCACAGUCGGACCUAACGCUCCUCUCAACGAUUCCUGUGCGGACGCAGCUUACCAAGCGGGUUCUGCUGUGUCUGCUGUACGGGCAUGGACUGAGGCUGGGUUCCCUAGUGGCCAGCUCCUCCUCGGUGUCCCCACAUAUGGACAUAGUUUCAGCGUGCCGCAAGCUAAUGCGUUCGCAAACGGUUCAGACACGCUCGCGCUAUACGCGGGUUUCAACUCCUCUGUACACCCCGCAGGCGAUGCUUGGGACGAUGAAGCUGGCUUCGACGUCUGUGGUGCAGCUACGACGGCUGGCGGACUAAUGGAUUUCUGGGGAUUGGUAGAGCAAGGAUAUCUCACGGAGAGCGGUGACGCCGCGGAUGGUGUUCCUUACGUGUUUGAUAACUGUAGUCAAACGCCUUUCAUCUAUAACACCACAACCGAGGUUAUGAUAUCCUACGACAACGCCGAGUCCUUCGCGGCCAAAGGGCAAUUCAUCAUCGAUAUGGGCCUUGCUGGAUUUGCCAUGUGGGAAGCAGGAGGAGAUUAUAACACCAUUCUCCUAGAUGCUAUUCGUGAGAAAGUCUUCGCGUAGCGACGUUGACGCCGCCAUUCGCUCUACCUAUGAUAAUGAUUGAAUUAUAAGAUUCCUCUGGUCUAGGCAUGGUCAUUAAAGAUAUAACUAUACAUAGCACGACUGGUCGUCACUUUGUAAUAUCGAAACCAGUAACAUGAAGCACUGUAGCAAAC